GUGACACGCAGCCAGUAAUCAGCCAAUGACAGCGUCGCUCUCACCGCCUUCACCAAAAAGUUUCACGCUUUCGGACUUUCGCUAGCAAACAUUACAGAUUCCCCGCCACUUCGAGGGAUGUGGCUCGGCGAGCGGGGCCUCAAGUCGCUCCACGUCCGGGCCGGGGGCCGGCAGAGGCAGAGGCCGUGGUGAGGAGCAACACCGACUAGAAGAUGUGCGGAUGGCGUCUCUCCAUCGCGGUGACGCUGGGCCUGCUGUGGUUCUUCACCGACUGUGGACGCACUCUGGCUCACUUUUUCCUCGGCUUCGUCUUUCUGGGCUUCUCUACCCCGCUUUUGUCGGCCUACACCGGCCAGGAGAGCAGCACGCAGACCGAGGAGGAUCCACUCCAGGAGCCCCUGGAUGAGCACCUGCGUAGUGACGUGACUGUCGCCAAUGGCAGACACCCAGGAGGGUCCCUGGGGUGCCACUAUCCUCAUGUCAAAAGAUCUCUGCAACAAGUGUUUCAUUGCGUCUACGCCCGGCUGGUCGUGCCGUGGUACGACGUACCCGAGCCGUGCGACCGCCAGCCCCUGCACCAGGUGCUCAGCAGGGAAUUCGACGGCGUCAUUGACCGCGUGAUCGCGCACACGCGAGACUUCGACGUCUGCCAGAUGGUGGUGGGCUCCAUACGGAUUCUGACGCAGCACCUGCACAAUGCCAAGCAGUCCGACAGGGAGCUUAUGUUUAGCUGCAGAGCUGAGGAGAUGGCGCUGCUCAGAGAGCUCUCUGAUGCUCUGGUGCGUAACCUUCUGCCUGAGCAUCUCUGGUGCCAAGAACUCAACCGCUGUGCCUUGAAUGAGAUUGUUGCCUUAAAGGGUUUGGGUCUGUUGGUGACAUGGCUGUCUGACCCUGACAACCUCAACCAGCUGGUGGUGAGCCAGCUUGACAGCGUGACACCCAAGGGUUCCAUGGAGGAACUGUGCGCCUCCGACCCAGAACAAGCCUCUCUGGCCUCGCAGGAGGAGGGCGAGUGUGCUGAAGUGAACUUGGAGGGAGUGGUUUCCUCCGGGAGCAGGAUUAAGGGAAAGAGCAAAGAUAUUGUACUGAGCAACCAGACAGUUUGUAACAAGCUGAAAGCGGGAUGGUCCAAAUUUGUGGACAAGGUGAAGACCAAGAAAGCCAAGAAGAAGAAAAUGAAAAAGCUGGAGCAGGAGCUGGUGAUGAGGCUCAUGGCGGCCCAGGGCGACGUGUCCAACGAGGACGAGGCCAGCAGCAGGGAGGGCUCCGUCCACAGCCAGCACAGCUCGGACCGGGAGGACAGUGAUCUGGAGAACUACCUGACAAGCGUCCAAGAGGAUAUGAUGGAGUUCAAGCUGUCUUAUGAAAUGUGGCGCGUCGGCUGCUGGGCUGUCAGCAUCCCUCAUGCUGAGUGGGAAAACGAGGAGCUCAUCUUCACAGUUCACCUGGAGGAAAGGGGUAGCCCUGAAAAUCUACAGUGGGACAUCAAGAAGACAUACAUGGAAUUCAUCUACUUCCGAAACAGGUGGCAGGACUCCACCAGCUUGCCCAGUAUCUUCGAACUCGACGAGCUGGAGGUCAGCGAUGAAGCCAAAGAAAAGGCCAAAGUAUCCGUGGAGCACUUCCUCCAGGAAUUAAUCUUGGAUAAUCUGAUUGGACACACCCAACCGGUGUUCCAGUUCCUCUGUCCUCUGGACAAGCUGCUGAAUGAGGAGCAACAUUACGGGGGUGUGUGGGGCCUUCUGAGCGGCUUGGCCUACUUCCUGACACCGGGUCAAGAGGACGAAGAGAACUCGACGGAAACCUCGAAGGAAAUCAGCGCACCAGAAGCUUCAAAUCCACCUUUGGAAAACUCCCCUGGCUCCACGGAGACGAGCUGUGUUGUCAGCAGCCUUUCAGUUCCCACCAUCGUCAUCUCUCCCUGCCAGCCUCUUCUGGAGCCGCCCGAGGAGGCGGAAAGGGAAAAGGAGCCCCACUCGUCUUUAAACUCGCACUCCUCCAGCAAAAGUUGUUCCGACGACUCCGAGAACCCUUUAGCGCACUUCAAAAUGCUCAUCAAGGGACUGACGCGGUCCAGGUCCCAGGAGUCUCUGGCCUCCGUCAGAAACCUCGGCGAGGAGAACCCCGACGACGACGGCCAAAACGGGGGACUUGAGGGGGAAGGCGCGGAGGGCCCGUCGUGGUUGCAUCUCAGCUCCAGGCCGGCGAGGAAGGAGAAGGGGAACCCGAGGUUGUCCAGCGGGUGCACCAAGUCCAAAGGGAAGGAGUCGGGGAUGGAGGACGACUCCCCGAGUGCCAGGAGCCAAGGCACCUGGGAGCAGCUGGAGGCCACUAAAGCCAUCUUUGAUCUGCUGAAGGAAAUCUCAGGGAACUCCAUUCUCAUCAACAUAUUUGACGCCAUUUUGAAACCAGUCAUGCCCAUCUUGAAGAAGAAAGUCAACUCCUUCUUGAACAAGAUGAACCCCACCGAGGCGGAGAUGGCCGCCUACAUCAGCACCAUGUGCGACAGACUGUGGCCGCAGAACCCGCCGCCGGCUGCUCCGCCCCCCCGCUCGCCGGAGGAGAAGAAGGAGACGAGGGAGCGAGCGCACCACCUCAUCAGCGCUCGCUACUCCCACUACCUGGUCCUCAAGAAGAACGACAUGGAGGUCGUCUUCAACCUCUUCCAGGACGCCCAGAAAAACAAAGCGCUGGUUUAUAUGCUUCUGUCCUUCCUCUCGCGGCAAUUCUUCCCCCAGGACCAUUCCCUCAAUGUGAGCAGCGCCGUCCUGCAGAACGUCACCAACCUCAUGGCUUGACCUGUGAAUGUUCUUUUACUUCUUUUAAAGACUCUACUUGUAUUUAUUCAACACCUUAAAUAUGUCAACAGUGAAACCCGCGCCAGUCAUCACGUGAUCACCUCAAGUAAACGAUGUCAUGUGACUUUCUCUGCAGGAUUCAUGUUGUCACUCGAGCCAGAUUUCUGUUAUUUCACUUUUGUUUGAAUGAUGUCACUUUGAGCACGUCAGUGUCCUGAUUGACAGCACUUAUUGAUCUCCUGAUCACUAAUCACUUCAAACAUGGAAACUUUAAAAUUGUCAACUGUGAAAUAUGAAUAUUUUCUAUGUAGUUUUAAUAAAAGAUAUUGACACUUUCA